AUGAAAUUAGUUGCAUUUACUAUACCUCUUAUUAGUGCAGUUUUAUACAUAUCUGGAUCCUUAUACGUAUACAGUAGACAUAGAUGUAAACUAGUUUAUGAUUAUCCGUUCCAAGAUCCAACAUUACCAGUUGAUGUAAGAUUAGACAAUCUUAUGUCUCUUUUAACUCCAGAAGAAAAAAUCGAUAUGUUGUGGAUGGAUACAACAACACCAGGUAUAAGAGAAAUCCAACUACUCUGUAAAAAAGAAGGCUUGUUUAUGAAAUCUAAAACGGUAUAGAGAAGUGCAACCAUUUCUAAACUCUUUUAGGUUUCGCAGAAGCAAAGAUGCGGUAACAAACCAUUUAAGUGCAUAAAGUUUAUCGUUUUUUUCUGAGCAAGUGGAUCAUUUCAGCAGCUUAGACGUGCUUUCAUACACGGUUGGAAAUAAUAUUUUUUAUUUUUUAUUUUAUUUAUAUAAUAUAGAGCUGAAACUACAGAUGAUAUAAAAAUGUAUUAUAUACCAAAUUAAUGCUCAUCUAAAAUGGAAUUGAUGUGUAUGACUGAGAUUCCGUAUGACAAUUAUUGACUGUAGAACUAUGAAAGUUUCUAUCGAGUGCAUCAUAAUGAAUGAGCCUCUCAGUAUUUUCUAUUUUUCUCGUGUACGUUCAGGAUCUCGCGGUUAGUGUUUUUUUUAAAAGAUGCGCC